AUGGUGACUAAAAGCUUUUCCGGGGCACUGCAGUUGACAGAUUUAGACGAUUUUAUUGGGCCAUCACAGCUAUGCAUUAUUCCAGUUCAAAAGAAACUUGGCGAUGAAAAUGAUGGAAUGAUCAAAUUACAAUCAAACAAGAAACGGCUCAAUGAGAAGGAAGAACCUCGCAUUCAAGCGAAAAUAACAUUGAAUGAUUGUCUAGCAUGUAGUGGAUGUAUAACAUCAGCCGAAAGUAUCCUUAUUGAUCAACAAGAUUAUCACGAAGCACAGAAUAUUUUAAAAUUAAAUCAAACAUUAAAAGAUAAUAAUUCAACACCCACUGAUAUUAAAACGAUUAUUUGUUCGAUAUCACCACAAAGUUUAUCAUCAAUUGCUGUCAAAUAUAAUUUAGAGCCAACUGUUUGUGUAAGAAGAAUAACCAAUUUUCUAAAAAAAAUUUUAGGAGUGAACUAUGUGUUUGAUGUCACCUACGCAAGAAAUUUUUCAUUAAUCGAAAUUAAGAAUGAAUUUAUCAAACGUUAUCGAAAUAAUAAACAGUAUCUACCACUUUUAACAUCAGAAUGUCCAGGUUGGAUAUGUUAUGCUGAGAAGACACAAGGCUCUUAUAUUCUACCGUACAUUAGUAAAGUUAAAUCCCCACAACAAGUUCUUGGUUCAUUUGUUAAAGAUUAUUUUAUGAAAACGAACAGUUCGAUAUCAGAACAUAGUUUGUAUCAUUUCACAAUUCAACCGUGUUAUGAUAAAAAAUUAGAAGCAUCAAGACAAGAUUUUUACGAUGAAAACUUAAACAUUCGUGAUGUUGACUGUGUGGUAUCAACCGGUGAAUUUUAUCAAUGGUUAGAAGAAGAAAAAUUUGAUCCUGAGAAUGCAAGUGAAAUGGAAUAUGAUGAACCUGAAAAUGGUCUUUAUUUGAAUCAUCGUGGGAGUGGUUCUGGAGGAUAUUUAGAAUAUGUUUAUCGUUGUGCAGCAAAAGAACUAUUCAAUGUCGAUAUUGAAGAUAAAAUUCAAUUGAAAAUGAUCAGAAAUCAAGAUUUUCGUGAAACAGUGCUAAAAGUUGAUGGAGAAGAUAAACUUCGUUUUGCUCAUGCAUAUGGUUUUCGAAAUAUUCAAAAUAUUGUUCAAAAACUCAAACGUGGAAAAUGUGAAUAUGAUUUUGUGGAGAUAAUGGCAUGUCCAUCAGGUUGUUUGAAUGGUGGUGGUCAAAUUCGUGCAUCAACAACUGAUGAUCAAGUAAAAUUACUUGAAAAAGUAACAAACGCCUAUGAAUCAUUGCCAAUAUGUCAACCAGAAAACGUAAUCAAAGUGAAAGACACAUAUGAUAUUUGGAAAAAAGACGGUAAAUAUUAUAGAGAGUAUGGUAAUCCAAAUUAUAAUGGCACGAAAGGACUAAUAUCCCGUUCAAAAAAACGUGAAUUAAAUCAAGCAUCAAAUAAAUCAAAACAACAACGAGAACAGUUGUACCGUGAUUUUAUCAUUCAGAAACAAACAAAAGAUGAUAUUGACAAUCAUGAGCAAAUAUCAGUCGUGGAAGAAACUAUAUCUAAAAGAAAAUAUUCAACUGAUGAAGAAGAGAGUGCUCAAUACGAGCAUCAUCAACUUGAAACCCAUGAUGAAAAUAUCGAUGAUGAUACAAUGUUUACGGUUACAAUUAAUUCAGGAACAAAUGAUUUAAGGUCAAAAUUGAAUUCAUUAAGAAAAAAGGAUGAUGAAAAUAAUCAAACAAAACGAAUGAAAAUAGAUGAUGAUGUUGAUACUGUUGAAACAAAAAAAUUACAUGUCUGCGCGCUCGCAUGUAAAAAUGUAUCGUUAUUAAAUAAACGACAAGAGUCAAGAGGUCUAGAACGAGACCAAGAGAGAAAAUCCGAUAGAGAACAUAAAAAAGAAUGUGAUCGAGAACAGCAUCAAGAUGGAAAACGUGAUAGAAGCGAUCGCAUUCGUAGUUCCAAAGGAGAACGUUCACAUAGAUCCACAGAAAAAGACGUUGAACAUACAUUAGAACGAAAAUCAUCGAAAGAAGAUCGUGAACAACCAAGAAAAGAUACUGAACGUGAUCGACGCGAAACCAAAUGA